AUGGUUUCGGGUGACGAUUCCAAUGGUGGUCGUAUAUCGCGCAAAACGACGAGAUCCCCAAACCGCAAAUCCAAAAAGACAGAUGCAGACCUAGCGAAAGGGUCAACGUUGCGAAAUGGAUCGCAACCUUCAGUCCACAAGAGGAAUCUUUAUGUUGUUUCUUUCCCAAUUAUCAUUUUGUUCAACGUACUUCGGUCUAUUUUGUACCAGUUAUUCAUAAUUUUUAAGUAUUUAUAUUCAGCGUCGAAUCGGUUGAUGCACAAGCCUCGUAAGGGCGGCGAGUGUAACUUAGAGGUGGUGGUAAAGGACGGUGUGGUUUCCACUGAGAUAGCGCACGGAGAGGAGAUGUCCCACAUACACAAUGUGGGUCCUGGGGACCCACUACUUGCGAAGCAAAAGCAUCAUCAUCGAAAGGCUUUUGAGUACAUCUCAAAAGCUCUCAAGAUUGAUGAAGAGAACGAAGGUCAGAAAGAAUUAGCUAUAGAGUUAUACAAGAAAGGUAUCUACGAGUUAGAACGUGGCAUCGCUGUUGACUGCUGGGGUGGACGUGGGGAUGCCUGGCAACGCGCGCAGCGCCUUCACGACAAAAUGAAGACUAACCUCGGCAUGGCCAAAGAUCGAUUACACUUUCUAGCAAACCUAGUCGCCCUCAGUAAAUUGGGUGUAGAGAGUGAACCAGAGCGGAGCGGCAAAAAGCCUACGGAGUCACCUCUAAAGGUCCGAAGACCCCUAGAGAAGUCGAAGACGACGUUACUUGCCCAUACAGAAAAUAACAGUGGUCAAACGAAGUCUUCGACAGAAGUGGCAGGCCGCAAGUUGACGACGGCCGGGAGGCGAGUGCCGGGCAAUGUGGGCGGGCCGCUGAUGAAGUCCCAAACGCUGCCUAGGUCGAUGGGCAGAUCUUCAUCACAACCCAACAGUUCCAACGGCUCUUACAGCCGGUACCCCGUCAAGCCGGCCUCUACGCCACCUGCUGUUAAACGACAACUUUCUGUACCUGUGAACGGGUCCCCUGUCCGGAGGGCGGUGGGUGGUGGCUCCCAGCGGGGGACGCCCACGAGAAGUCGGACUCCGCAAUCGACGCUGACAGUACGCGGCGUUGACCCCAAGUUGGUACAACUCAUCUUGGAUGAAAUCGUCGAAGGUGGUCCUAAAGUGCAUUGGGAUGACAUCGCUGGUCAAGACGCUGCUAAGCAAGCACUCCAAGAGAUGGUAGUACUACCAUCAUUAAGGCCUGAGCUAUUCACGGGUCUAAGAUCGCCAGCCAAAGGACUCCUACUAUUUGGACCUCCUGGAAAUGGUAAAACGUUGUUGGCUCGGUGUGUCGCUGCCGAAUGUUCAGCAACCUUUUUCUCCAUAUCCGCUGCGACUUUAACUAGUAAAUACGUCGGGGAUGGUGAAAAGAUGGUGAGAGCGCUCUUCCAAGUUGCAAGAGAACUUCAGCCGUCAAUAAUAUUCGUGGACGAAGUAGACUCGCUGUUAUGCGAGAGAUCGAGCGGCGAACACGAAGCGUCGCGGCGGCUGAAGACUGAAUUUCUAGUAGAGUUUGAUGGAUUACCCGCCGCCGGCGCAGACAGACUCAUAGUAAUGGCAGCCACCAACCGUCCACAGGAACUAGACGAGGCUGCGCUUAGACGAUUCCCUAAGCGUGUGUACGUGUCACUGCCGGACUUGCGCACGCGCAGCGCAUUAUUACGACGAGUGCUGGCGAGGGGUUCGGCCGCAUCCGCUAUUACUGAGGACGAGUUGUCGCGACUAGCGGCGCUCACUGAUGGAUACUCUGGCAGCGAUCUUACCGCCCUUUGUAGAGACGCCGCACUCGGACCUAUUAGGGAAUUGGACCCUGAGGAGGUAAAAUGUCUAGACCUAUCGCUGGUUCGUAGCAUCACGUUCCAAGACUUCAUGGAUGCGUUAAAGCGCAUCAGGCCUUCAGUGUCUCCCCACAGCUUGCUGGCCUACGAGAAAUGGUCCGUGCAAUACGGUGACUUGGGUCUCUGA